AUGACUGGAAAUUGUAAGGCAAUUUUUAAAACAACAGUUUGCUUUACUAGUGUGUUAAGAAAGUAUUUGACAACACAUAGUUCUGACAUUACGCCCACACCUGGGCUGGUCAGCAACGUGGUUCAUUUCUACAUAUAUAACGAACAAGAUGUAAGCAAUGCUAAUCUGACCACCGGUUCCCAAAUUAAGGUGCUCAAAGUUGGAACAUGCCUUCCCGAGUCCACUGUGCUUAGCAGUGCUCAAGAACUCGGCUCGUGUGAAGAUCGGGCUUUUCCUCGAAUGUCAUCUAUCCAGAGGUCAAACCGCAGCAUCGACAAGGAUGUACACUAUGGAGUUCAUCAGAAGGGUCAGAACAUGAGAGCUAUUCAUAAGUGGACCACGCUGAGUUAUGCACAAAAGCCCAAAAGUCCAGUCGUUCAAAUGGAGGUUUGUCAACAAAUGCGGUACUAUGAAUACAAUGAUAAAAUACUAAAAUCGUACAAACUUCAAAUCGUACAAUUACACCGGCUUCCAUACAGCGGUUUGGGAACUGCUAAUACCAGACGGGAACCCAGAGUUCACACCAACUCAAGGCAAGUUGGCCAGAAGAUAACGAAACCCACGUAUUGA